CUUGAUAUUCCUUAUUUAUUUUUUAUGCAUUAUGCCUCGUUUAGAGUUUCAACUCCGGGUAAAGUUUCGAAAUUCUCUGACGUAAAGUUGACGUGGUCUAAAAAAAGCAAUUGUUAUUUUGAUUUAAUUUUGAACCAAAGACGAAACUGAACAAUUUAAUUAUUAAUUACAUGCUUAGUGUUGCGCAUAGGAAACAUGGGCAAGCACUUCGGAAACCUGGCAUUUCUUCGUGGAAUUGUUUACUAUAAGCUGUCGCCACAUGAACAGAAGGCAUUCGGAUCAGCCGCCAUCGAAGGACUUGCCAACUUUGUACCCAGGACUGCGGCAACGAUCAUGUACUGGUUACCACCGUUUGUUCUUGGCGCGGUUACGUAUUUCUACAUAGAGGAAAUGUAUAGGCUCAGUAAACGAAAGAAUCCACUGGACUACCAAUUCGAAGUAGACCCCAAUCCCCCUAUAGUCUGCAGAAGGGCGGUGGAAAGAGGUGGCGGGGGCCGAGGGUCACCUGAUCCAGCAGUGGAUCCAAAUACCGCAUGCGAUCCGGACCCGGCGUCAACUUCCGAUCCGACGAAAAAAAAAUCCAAAUAAAAAACAGAAC